UUUUGGUCCAGCCGACAACUAGAGACUACUGCAUCUCAACCCCCUCUCACACCACACCCAUCACACAAACAUAGCAUGGGACGCAAGGCCAGGAACAAGCAGGCGCCGCCUACCCCCUUGCCUGGAUCGGACCUCGACAAGUCGAAGAAGUCCAAGGGGAAGAAGAAGGCGCCCUCCACUGCCAACCCGGCCAAGGCCGUCAAGGCGACUUCGCUGCCCACGCCCGGCAAGGCCCGCAAGCCGCGCGUCAAGGCUGUGGACCGCGUCGACGACGACAGUGAUGCUGAGGAGGCUCUCCAGCAGGGUGACUGGUCAGACGAGGAGGACGAGGUGCCAGUGAAGAACGCCAAGAAGCAGCCCAAGGAGAAGAAGGGCAAGAAGGCCAAGGCUGCCGCCGACUCUGACGACGACUUGGACAACGGACCCGCCAAGGAGCUCGUGUUCACCGACUCGGAGGACGAGGCCGACAUCAACGGCGGCAAGGAGAGCCUGCCUGCCGGUCUGCACGACUUCGACCUCGACGAGGCGCCCGAGGAGGAUGACGACGAGGACGACGAGGUGCUCGGCGACGAGUUCCCCGAGUUUGACGUCGAGGACGACGAGUUCAUGGAGGAGGACGACGAGGCGGACAGCGCCUUCGCUUCGGACGAGGAGGACGCAGACGGAGACGCGGCCAUGGCUGAGGGCGACGACGAGGACGACGAUGAGGAUGGCGCGAUCCAGACCAACCUUGAGGACGACCUCGAAGAGAGCUACACCCUCCCUGCGGUCGACGGCAUCGAGGAGGAGCACGAACACGGCGUGUCCCUGCGCGACGUUGAGCAGCGCAUGCGCUGGCUCGUCGGCGUCUGCAGCGGCAAGGACGACAAGACGUCGAUCGGCGUGCCCGGCAAGUCUAGGUCCGACCACCUCGUCCAGCUCGAGCACGACAUUGCGACGUACUUUGGCUACAACCACUUCCUGGUCAACAAGCUCAUGCGCCUGUUCACGGCCGACGAGGCGCUUGCCUUCUUCGAGUCCAACGAGUCCCCUCGCCCUGUUACCAUCCGUGCCAACACGCUCCGGACACGCCGACGUGACCUCGCCCAGGCGCUCAUCAACCGCGGCGCCAACCUUGAGCCCAUUGGCAAGUGGUCCAAGGUCGGCCUGCAGGUGUUCGAGUCGCCCGUGCCUAUCGGUGCUACGCCAGAGUACCUGGCUGGCCACUACAUGCUCCAGGCUGCGUCGUCGUUCCUGCCUGUUAUCGCGCUCGCUCCCCAGCCUGGAGAGCGUGUCCUCGACAUGGCGUCGGCUCCUGGAGGCAAGACGACUUACAUUUCCGCCCUGUUGCAAAACACUGGUGUCGUGUUCGCCAACGACAGCAACAAGGCCCGCACAAAGUCGCUGACUGCCAACGUCCACCGCAUGGGCUGCAAGAACGUUGUCGUCUGCAACUACGACGCGCGCGAGUUCCCAAGAGUCAUGGGCGGCUUUGACCGUGUGCUCCUCGACGCGCCAUGCUCGGGCACCGGUGUCAUCAGCAAGGACGCCAGUGUCAAGGUGAACAAGAGCGAGCGCGACUUCCAGCUGCUCGCCCACCUGCAGAAGCAGCUCAUCCUGUGUGCGCUCGACUCGGUCAACGCCAACUCUGCAACGGGCGGCUACGUCGUCUACUCGACGUGUUCGGUGACUGUUGACGAGAACGAGAGCGUGGUCGACUACGCGCUCCGCAAGCGCCCACACUGCAAGCUCGUUUCCACGGGCCUCGAGUUUGGUGUCGAGGGCUUCACGUCGUUUGAGGGCAAGCACUUCAACCCUACUGUCAACCUCACGCGCCGAUACUACCCCCACAAGCACAACAUGGACGGUUUCUUUGUCGCCAAGUUCAAGGUCGGCAAGCGCGGCAAGAAGGCGACCGAGGCCGAGGAGGAGGAGGAGGUCACGGGCGACAUUGUGCCCGAGGGACAGGAGGAGCCCAAGAAGGCCGUGUUCGACGCUGCCGAGGACGACGCCAUCAUCAAGGAGGGCAAGCGCGUCCACCUCCUCAAGACCAAGGGCAUCAAGAUUGCCAAGGACAAGAGCGCGGCGCCCGCCAAGGCCGCACCUAGCUCGAGCGGCCAGAUCAAGACGGCCAAGAGCAAAAAGGUGACUGAGAAGAGGCGGCAAAAGUAG